GGGUCACGAUUCCCCUCGACUACCGCGGCAUGCCGAAGGAAGCUUAAGUUUUCUCUAAGAGUGUGGAGAUGGAGGAGGCCCGAAUGCCCGAUCCGGUGUCGCUUUUUCAGAGCCAGGUUGCGUCUGUGUUGGAGGUCUUAUUUAACAUCGCAGUGGUGGAAAUAACCAAACUUUUCCAUGGCGGCGACAUUCUCCCGGGCGGGAGCACCGGUCUGAACCUGCGGGCCACAGCAGAGUCUGCGCUGCGGGAUUUAGGGAAAAUGGCCCGCAGCGUCGGAGUGCAGGUCGGAGAAGGGGAGUCCAGCAGUGAGCAACGCGUGUGUGAGAGUAACCCGCGUCCCGCUUGCGGAGCCGCGGAAGCGGAGCCCCCCGCAGUUCCCGUUUCCCCGGGGGGGUCGGAGCGCAGGAACAGCCCCGGCAGACUGCAGCCCCCCGCACUCAAAUGCGAGAAAGCUGAUGUUGCGGUGUGGGAGUCCAUAGCAGCGCCCCCUGGGGGCGGGGGGUGGAAGGGCGGCAGUGGUGUGCUGGCAGGACUGGACUCCGGUGCAGGAGGUGGUGUUGCUACAGGAGCGGUGGAGCGCAGUGUCGGCGUGGGGCGGAGACCCGCCCAGGAGCAGCAGCCGUGGGAGCAGCAGUGUCCUCCCCGCCCCCAGCCUUCAGGGUCCCCAGAGCUGCGGCUCCACCCGCGGGGUCUGCAGGCGGAGCCAGCGGGGGGGCUCAACUUGGCCGUCUGCUCCGGAGCCUUCCGGGAGAGAGACCACGCGCCUGCGGUGGGCGGAGACACCGCCCUGAGCGGCCCGCGGCGGGGUGGGGGCGGGGGCCUCAGAGCGGGGUUCGGCCGGCCGGUGCUGCGCCCGUGCUCCGUGCAGCUGGUGAACGUGCUGCUGUGUUCGGGCGCGGGGGGGCGGAGCCUGGCUGCACGCGGCGUCCCCCGCGAGCUGCGGCCGCACCAGCGCCUGCACACGGGGACGCGGCUGUGCUGCUUCCGGCGCUGCGGAAACGGCGUGUGGCGGCUGCACGGCCUGCUGGCCCCCGCCCGCCCCCACCACUGCCAGGUCUGCGGGAAGACCUUCCGCCGCAGGAAGGAGCUGCGCAGACACCAGCGCUUCCACACGGGGGAGAGACCGUACUCCUGCGCUCGCUGCUGCAAGACCUUCGCGCUGCGUAAGAACCUGAGGCGGCACGAGAGGUUUCACACCGGGGAGAAACCGCACUGCUGCUCCCUCUGCGGCAAGAGGUUCCGGCUCAGAGACAGUCUGCGCACCCACCAGCGCUUCCACACGGGAGAGAGACCGUACAGCUGCGCGCUGUGUGCAAAGCGCUUCCGCAUACUGAGGAACCUGCGGAGGCAUGAGGAGAUCCACAGGGGGGCGGGGCCUGCCGAGUGACGGGCGGACCAGGGGCGGGGCCUGCCGAGUGACGGGCGGACCAGGGCGGGGCCGGCCGAGUGACGGGCGGAGCAGGAGUCUCUCUCAGAUGAGAGCACCAGCCAGUCUUCUACCUCUGAUCAGAACACUAACGGUGCAGGAAGCAGCGGGGACCUGCACUAAACCAGCCCUUGCUAAGCCAGUUUAAAUGUGCUUUAAAUGAUGGUGAAAGACUGUUGUCCAGUCAGACUUUGCUUUAUGAGAAGCAUUAAGGCAUUAUGUUGAAUCCUGUGCUGAGAAACUCAUGCCUUAAAGUGUUCAGAACCAGUAAUGCAGUGUGAAGGGAAGUGUUCAGAUCCAAACCGCUUUCAGAUGCAGAAAUGGAGACUUUUCAGUGGCAGCCAAUGCAGUAAACAAUUCUUUCCAAACCAACACUGAGGCGUGGCUCCCUGGCGGGCGGCGUGGCUCCCUGGCGGGCGGCGUGGCUCCCUGGUGGGGGGCGUGGCUCCCAGACGGGGGGCGUGGCUCCCAGCAGGCCUUGUGGCAGGGGUCAGCGUUUCAGUACGCUGUUUCAGCACCUGCCCGUGUGCACACUCAGUGAUGUCACAAUCUGCUACAUUCCGCUGUCACUCAUCCUAGUGCCUUAACAGCUCAUUUCCAGGGAGAGCUUCUGUUUUCAGGGUUAGAGAGGGUUCUCUGUGUGAUCACGCCCCCUCACACACCUGCACCACACACCCUCUCAGGACAAGAUGCCGAACUCCUGCACGCUGACCGCACAUCCUCCCACCGUAACUCUGUUAUGUUGGUGCCCGUUUUCUUGAGAAAUCUCUCAACGCGUCAUCACUACUGAACUUUGUAAAUAUUGGUUAUUCGAUGCUGGUUGGUGAGACUGCAGCUAAAGGGAGCCCUUCUGGUGUUCAGGGCAGUGUUAAACCUGUUCCAUGUUACAGAUAUGUAGAAUCGAUGUUUCACAGCUAGCGUUUUUAACUCUAUGUCGAGAUAGUAGUAUGUGUAGAAGAAUA